AUUAUUUUUUUGCUGUUACAGUUGUAAAUGCUCAUAAGAAACAUGGCUGCCAUUUCAAAUAAGAUCAGGGAAUGUGUAAAUGAGCCCUGUAAGCCAGAGUUCUGUCUGUUAUGUUAAGGGUCUACUAAUCAAAUCAGUUUGUCAUUUAAAUAAGAGGAUAAUCUUUUAUAUUUUAUUUAAUCAGUUUUUAAAUUGAUUACAUUAAUCGUUCUUGCUCACUUUUGCAAAAACUUUGUGGCAUCUGGAUCAAGCCAUUGAAAAACUGGAACUUCGCUCGAUGUCGCAAAAUGCGAAUUUCAGCUUUCCAGUAGGUGGCGAUGAUGCGCCUUUCAAGUUGGUUUGAGAUUCAAAGAAGAACAAACCGACCAAUUACACCAGACCUGCAACUUCAGAAGCUUUCCUCGAAAACAAAAACAUACAUGCACGUUUUCUCCAAUGAAUCCCUGUUAACGUUAAAUUAGUCCGCUUACAUUUAGGAGCAGGCGCGUUUUUAAAGUAGUUUUUGCAUUAGCAGUACUUCUGGGAGAAGUACUGCUAAUGUUAGCAGGCACACACGGGCUAGCAGUGAUCGUUUGUGGACGUUAGCUUGGACGGUACGGGUGUAUUUUCGGCGGCUGUUCGUGUGUAAAGACUUCUUUACGUGAAGUUAUGGGGCUUUGUUACUGAAAGAUUGUAGGUGUAGCAGCAGAAAAUGGAGGUGUCUGUUAAAGGAAAGGCCAAGAGGAGGCACCUGAAUGCAGAAGACUGUGAUGGACUGGGACAAAGAGCAGUCCUCACCCGGCCUCACACCUUUAACCAGAGGAUGGGCAACCGUGAUCCGAACCGGGGGCUUUACCCCAGGACACCCACUAAGCGGCCAAAGUUUGCACCUGCCACAGGAAGUCCUUCUGGGAGACAAAAGGGUAUCAAUGAAUUUUUUUCUGUGGCGAGAGUCCUCAGCUCCAGUCCGCACAAAUCCUCCCUGCCUUCCACCUCCAAGGAAGAGCCAAGAGCUGCAGAAGAAGAGGAGGAUGAGGAUGACGAUAUCAGCCUGUUGGCUGUACCUUUGGCACCACAGCUCAGGGUAACAGAGGAGGAGGAGAUCGAUGACAGUCUUUUAGCUGCUGUGAUGAUGCCAGAGCCUGAGGCAGCCGAGGAGGAGAUUGACGAUGCCAACCUGUUGGCUGUUGAGAUGAUGCCGCAGUCUAAGGUGAAGGAAGAGCAGCAGGUGGAUUAUCUGGAGGGAAUGACGGCUGAGAUGUUUGGGAAUGAUGAUGAAUUUGACCAGUGUGACAUUGAUAAUGAAGAAGAGGAGGUGGAGGCCCUUCCCGAUGCCCACUUUGGGCUCCUGGGCAGCAGAAGCGGCUUGCUGAAACCCCAGGGCUGCAUGGACGACCUUCCAGAGGAGGUGCUGAGAGAGGUGCUGUGCCUCCUACCUGCCCAGGACCUGUACCUCAAUGUCAGGCUCGUUUGCCAUCGCUGGAGGAACAUCGUCCAGGACAGCACGUUUGUGCCUUUCAAGAAACAAUACUAUCGCUACAUGAUGAGAGAGAGGCAUACAGAGAUGGAGAUCUGCUCCAUCCUGAGGAACAGCGGUAUAACAGGGCCAGCACCUUCAGAGCACAGCAUACGAAAGCUAGUUGUUUUAAUGGCUCAGCAUAAGGUUGGAGAGCGCUUGAGGCCAGAUGACGUUCUGGAGCGUGUAAAGAAACAUCGCCUUUUCCCUCAAGCUGAGGCCUCCAUCAGACUGCGUAUUUCUGAUGUUCAGAAGCACUUUAACCUUGGAAUUACUGGUCCUAACCCGUAUGCAGCCAUGGCUGUCAUACUGAUCCUGAGUGAGGGUGUUGGUGAUGUGCAGGCCUUGGUGUCUCUGCUCACGGGCUGCAUGUCACACUCGGCCAUCACAGAGUACCUCUGCCACAUGGCCAUGAUGCUGCUCGCUUUAGAAAGGAACAAAGUCACUGUCAGUAACAGGUUUCAUUACAACAUUUACUAUGUCCUCCACCUGAUGGAGAAUGGCCCGUUCCCUGUCAGCUCUCCACAGAGCAGGCGGCCCCAGAUCCACCUCACGCAAGAACAGCAGCAGAUCCUCAGCCACAAUAUCCAGGAUGACCACGUGGUUAAGAUAAUAGCAUUUGCAGGUACUGGGAAGACUACCACACUAGUGAAGUACGCUGAGCAGCGGCCGGACCUUCGCUUCCUUUAUGUGGCCUUCAACAAUUCUGUGGCUUCGGAGGCACGCCGCCGCUUCCCCAGGAACGUGGACUGCAAGACCGUCCACUCGUUGGCCUAUAAUGACGUAGGGAAGAGAUACAAAUUCCGUGACAAGCUGACCUUUAACAUGAAGGCUUUCGCCAUCAGUUCUGUUCUGCCCAAAGGCCGCGGUGGCUUCACCAAGGCCAAAGUGGUUAUGACAACCCUCAAUGCCUUUAUGGCUUCUACAGAUGAAACCAUCACAAUAAGACAUGUUCCCAACUCUCGUGUGACUAAAAACAACUUCCGCAAGGAUAUAGAUCAUGAUGAAAAACUGUUGGUCGUCUGUGAUGCACAGAGAAUCUGGAAAAAAAUGAAGGAUCUGAAUGAGAAGUCAAAAGAUGCCUAUUACAUGACCCACGAUGGUUACCUAAAGUUAUGGCAGCUCCAAGACCCAAAGCCUUGCUUGUCGGGUGCAUACAAUGCUCUUUUCAUUGAUGAAGCCCAGGACUGCACUCCCGCCAUCAUGGAUGUGCUGCUGUCUCAGAGCUGUGGGAAAAUCCUGGUUGGCGAUCCUCAUCAGCAGAUCUACACCUUCAGAGGAGCUGUUAAUGCCUUGAAUGUUGUUGAACACACCCACAUCUAUUACCUCACCCAGAGCUUUCGAUUUGGUGCUGAGAUCGCCUAUGUGGGUGCCACCAUCCUCAAAGUUUGCAAGGGAGUUCAGAAAAUUCUUGUUGGAGGAAACCAGAAGGGCGGGGUGUGUGACAAUGCUGCAGACAGAGUCGUUGAGGCUGUGGGGGCAGGUGCAUGCCAAAGCCGAGGGAAGACAGCCAUCUUAUCUAGGUGCAAUUUCGGCGUGUUUAGUGAAGCCGUUCGACUUACAGAUGCAAAUCCCAGCUGCAGGCUCCACUUCAUCGGCGAUAUAAAGAACAUCGGGCUGGACCGUAUCAUGGAUGUAUGGCACCUGCUGCAGCAAACAGGGCAGCAGCUCCAAGAAGGAGAACGAAGACCUCACUACAUCAGGGACCCCCUGAUCCGCUCGUUCGCCUCUCGUCGAAGUGAGAAUCCCUUCUUUGCUUUCAAAAAAUAUGUUGAACAAACAGAAGAUAAUGAACUCCAAGCAAAGGUGACCAUCGUGGAAAAGUAUCGGAAACGAAUCCCCGAGCUGGUGUCAAGACUGAAGGCCUGUUCUGAAAACGAUUUAUGCAAUGCAGACUUCAUAGUUGGAACUGUCCAUAAGUCUAAAGGUCUGGAGUUUGACACCGUGAUGGUCACUGAUGACUUUGUCAAGGUUCCCUGUUCUAAGCACAACCUGCGCCACAGUCCUGAAUUCUCAUUUGCUAAAAUUCCUGACGAUGAGUGGAACCUGCUGUACGUGGCUGUCACUCGUGCCAAAACGACUCUCAUCAUCACAAAAAACAUCCGCCGCAUCAUCACAAUGGCUGGGGAGUACUUUCUUAGGUCAGAGAUGCCCAGUUCCCUACUGAAGAGCGACCAGCCUCUCCCAUGCUCCAUCGCAAACUGUCCCAACUGCAUCACCCCAGGCUCAGCCUUCAUCAUGUGCCGACAGCAGAUGCGAUGUACCGAUGGGUUGUCUCAAGGCGGGCCGCUGUGUGAGAAGUGUGUGUGGACCCGCGUCGGGCCCAUCGCCUUCCUCAUGACCGAAGACGUGCUCUCAAUGGCCGAAAUCCCACAAAGACUCGACCUGCCGGUCCAUCAUGCAUUUUUCCUGGAGCUUUUUUUCUAACUGCUCGUAUUUAAGGAGCUACAGUGAUACGGUCCGGUCGGGGAAAAUAGAUCGAAAUGCUCAAAGCAGGACACAGACAACUGGGGUUAAUGUUUAGUUAAACAGACCGACUACUGAAAAAGUAUUUUGUCUGUUGUGAUUAUUUUAUACUUUUUGUAUAAUUUGUGUGAUUUUUGAAUUGGAGAGUAGAGCCUCCAGCCUUGUGUGACUAUUAAAAAAAGUUAUACUACAGAA